AUGUCUAGUUCCAAGGAUGCUAAACUGAUUAUUGCAGGUUCAACAGGCUUAAUCGCCGUUGUUGCCGGUGCGUUUGGUGCCCAUGCUCUCCAAGACCGCCUAUUGCCCAAGCAGCACAACGCUUGGACCACUGCUGUAAAGUUCAACCUCCUUCACGCCGUUGGGGAGAUUGCUGUUAUUGGCGUGCUAAAGUGUGUGGACCCACAGAGCCCAGCAGGCAAGCAUCUUACCCGUGCAUUCUACUUGUUUGCUGGUGGAACAGCACUCUUUUCAGGCUCUAUCUACGCCCUCUGUCUUGGUGCUCCAAAGAUGAUUGGGCCAGUGACGCCUAUAGGCGGUGUUACGCUCAUGCUCGGAUGGAUCUCCGUUGCCCUAGCCGGUUUGUGA